AUCUCCCUCGCGACUCCCAUCUCCACAUCCGCCGUGCACCUCCUCCUCUGCCUCCCUUUUUCUUCACACAGCGCGGCAUCCUUUGCGCGCCUCCGACUCAGCGCGCUCUCUUGCGCGAGCCGCCGUGCUGCGCUCUCGGCUGCGCCGCCCUUGCGCUGCGAGAGAGCGGCGAGAUAGCGCAGCUCGCGCUCCGCUCGUGCCUCGUCGCCGCACCGCAGCAGGCGCCGCAUCCGCCGCCUGUGUGUGCCGCGCCUGGAGCAGCUCGCGCUCUGCCUGCCCUAUCGCAUACGCUGCCGCUCUUAGCUGCCUGGCCCAGCCAUGCCCUCGCCUGGCUCCGCCGGCGCGGGGCCAGCAGACAGUGCGCGCGGCAGUCCACGCGGGCGGGAGGCCACCAUCACAGCGGCAUCUGGAGCCGCAGCAGCAGCAGAGGGCCUGGCGUCGCAGCCACACUCGCCGCGCUCCCUCUCAGCCGCCAGCUCCGCCACCGUCACGCCGCGCAUCGCCGCGGGCGCGCGCAUGGGCGCGCCGGAGGGGCAUGAUGAAGCAGCGCAGGGCGGUGCCUCGUCCGCUGCCACGCGGCCGCGCCCACAGGUCGCUACCGAUCCCGUCACGCUGGGCCGCGGUCUGCCGCCCCGCGCCGCCGCCGGCUCAGGCUCCGGCUCGCCCACGUCGCUCGACACGCAGCGCGGCGGCGCGGCGGGCGCCCUGGCCUCGACGCCGCGCGUGGCGUCCAAGACGGGCGCCUUCUUCGAGCGCAACAGCGCCGGCGGCAGCUCGUCGUCGCCCAUCGUCAUGCCUGCGUCGAGCAGCAGCAGCAGUGGGCAUGGCCACGCGCGCCAGUCGUCCGGCAGCUCCUCCUACGGCCGUUCGCCGGUGCACGUAGGCCUCGGGCAUUCCAGCUCGACGCUCUCCAUCGGCUCGAUUGACUCUUCCUACGUCGGCGCCGGCUACCCGGAGCCGCGCCGCAGCGUCGAGGUGUCGCGGCAAGGCUCCAUAGGUCGGACGUCCGGCUAUGCUCGCUGGGCAGGCGGCUUUGGCUCCUCCUUGGCGCCGUGCGCGACGGGAGAUCUCUCCUCUGCGUCGUCUACGCGCAGCCGGAGAAACUGGGAUGAGUUCGAAGGCCUGCCGAUCACGCCCUUGCCGAGUCCCUACACCGGGCGCGAAGGCGGCCUUGGGCCAUUCGACGAGUCUUUUGCACAAGAGACAAAGUACCUCCUUCCCUCGCAGCAGCUCGCGGCGCGCGCUCGCGCCAGCAGUGGUGCGUCUACGAACUCGCUCAACCAACCACCCGCUGCCACCAAGGAUGGCGAGCCGCAGAGCGCCAGCAAGACGAGUGCCUUCUUCGACAGCAAUCCUCGUUCGCCCGUGCCGGCCAGUGCAUCGCGCUCGUCGAGCGGCGCCUUCUUCUUCGGCGCCUCCAACCCCACGCCCGCACCUGCGCCAGCGCCAGCUCCGGCACCUGCGCCUGCUGCGGCAGGGCAUGCGCGCCAGAGCAGCGGCAGCUGGCUCGCGUCCAGCACGGGCAAUGCAGGCACAGGCGGCUGGUGGUCUCGCCGCACUCCUGCAGCGGACGGCAGCGGCAAGACUCCAAGCCCGGCCCCUGCGCCUGCUCCGCCGCCCGCACGCAAUGGCCUGCCCAGUAGCAGCACCGGGUCGGUGCGCGAGGCACUCGACGCCGCUUCUUCCCUCGCUUCUACUCCUGCGCCCGCGCCAUCCGCAGGCCGCUCGACGCGCAACUUCUUCUUUGGCUCGUCGCCCGCACCCGCGCCUGCACCUUCGGCCUCGGCGUCGGCGUCGCGCGCAAGCAGUCGGACGCGCGAGUUGUCGGUGGAACAGGUGCAAGCGCUCAGCUCUUUGCCCUCGGCUGGCGCAGAUGGCGCAUCGUUGGCGCUUCCGCUUCCCCGCAGCGACGAUGGGGAUAGACCGAGACUCGUCGUCCCGACGCCCACGCCGGCGCCGGCGCCGGCGCGACAACGCACUGCGACGGAGAGCACGGCGGGCACGACGAGCAGCAGCACGCCCAGUACCUCCGACAGUUUCCUUCUGCCUUCUUCGCCGCCGACGCGGCGCGGCACAGCCGGUGCAGGCGCGUCUCGACAUGCGCAAGGCCCCUCGGAGAACGCCAGUGGCUCUUCCUUCUUACCUGCUGCCGUCUCGACGCGCGAACGCGAGCUGCAGCAGGAAGCCGAGGCGGAGCGGAUAGCGAGCUCGGCGCGCAGAGACUCCAACGCCGUCGUCUUUGCGCCCUCUGUGCGCGCCGAGGCGGAGCGCGAGGAAGAGGAGGAUCUGGCGCGCGGCGUGGUCGGCGCGUAUGCGAUUGAACGCACGCUGGGCGUCGGCGCGUUCAGCAAGGUGGUGCUGGCCAGGCGCAGGAGGAAUGAAGGCGGACAGGAAGAGGAGGUGGCGCUCAAGAUGCUCGAGAGAGAGCCGUGUGCGACGAAUGAACGCAUGCGAGUCAGCUGGGUGCGCGAAGUCGAGGUGCUCAAGCACAUUUCGCAUCCGAACAUCGUCCGCUUUCUCGCCUCCUUCUCCACGGCAAAGCACCACAACCUCGUCCUCGAGCGCGUCGGCGGCGGCGAGCUCUUCGACCUGCUGGCACGCCACCACACGCGCCAGCUGGCCGAGCGCGAAUGGCUUGUGCGCCGCUUGUUCGCUGAGCUGGCCGGCGCGGUGGGAUGGAUGCAUAACAUCAAUCUGGUGCAUCGAGACAUCAAGCUGGAGAACAUCAUCCUCACGCGCGACCUCUUCGCGAACGCCUCUCCACUGCGGCCCUCCAUGCUGGGCGCGUCACCGCUGCUGAAGAUCUCCGACUUUGGUCUUUCGCGCUUCAUCGACCCCUCCUCGCCACAGCUCGAGACGCGCUGCGGCUCCGAGGAGUAUGCGGCGCCGGAACUCAUCAUCGGCAAGCGCUACGACGGGCGCAAGACGGACGUGUGGGCUCUUGGCGUCGUGCUCUAUGCACUCCUUACUGGCGCUCUGCCCUUCCUCGACGACGCGGCUGGCGGCGGCGUCGCUGGCGUGCAGGCGCGAGAAGGCGGCGAACGUGAUGCACGCGCGAGGAAGGCGCAUCUUCUGCGCAUUGCAAAGGGCGACUUGCGCUGGCCCGUCAACGCCAACGACGCCUCUCUCGACGACUCCGAGCGUACCGGCGUGCCAGCCAGCCAGCGACUCAUCACGCCGCGCGCCCGGCAUAUCGCCGCUCGUCUGCUGCGUCGCGAUGCGGCGAAGCGCUCGGGCGCCUGGGAGGUCUGGGACGACGCCUGGCUCACGCACGGCAGCUUCGAAGCGGAAGCGUCCGCGGGAGGAGAAGCGGUGGACAUGCCGCCGGAUCCGACCAGCGAGGCGGGCAGAGAGUGGCUCAGACGCAACGCAAAGGUCAUGGGCGCCGUGGCGCAGGUGGCGCGCGAUGACUAGCCACUGCCCGGCACAAUUUCUCCCCCGCCAUCGCACGCAAGCUCUCGUGGUCCCGCCUCCGCUGCUCAAUUUGCACUCCUCAUCCCCCGGACCUCCCUCUUAUUUAUCGCAGCCCGGCGACGCACGCCUCAGGCCUAAUGCCAUGCACUUGCCCACUC